CCUAAAUGGCUAAAUUUAUUACUCCUCUGUUUUUUUUAACAGCUUCGCGCCUGGCUGGCUGGCUGGCUCUCUCUCUCUGAAACGCGAAAUCGAAUUGUAGUUCUAGCUCGGAUCCAAAUAUCAUCUCUCUACACAGGGAAGGGGUUAUUUUUGCAAUUUUUGGUAUGUGAAACAUCUCCAGAUUUUUCUUGGGGAUAUUUUUUCAAAAAGAUGAUUUGGAUUUGGAUUUGGGUGAUUUUUUUGCGGGGAUAGGUGAGGAAGAGACAAUGGAUCUUGAUUUGAACCAAGAAUCUUUGGAGCCUUCGCAGGGUUCAAUGUUAGGGUUAGGUUCUUUCAUUAAUGAACUAGAAACUGCUCAUGGGCGCAUUGAUGAACGUAUCAGACGACUUGAAGCGGUCACCUCCAGCACUAGGGGGCACCAGACGCGGAGACAACCAGAAAGUACUGAUCAAGUAGUGGACAUUCCUGUGGUCUCUGCUGCACCUGAAGUUCGGGAUGGUAAUGGACCAAUUACUGCAGAGGACAGUGCCUUUGUUCAAGAAAGAAUGGUUACAAAUGGAAGAAAUGGAAAACAUUAUGGCACUACUUUUUUGAUAGCUAAGGCAUUGGCUACAGAUAUGGAUGAUAGGAAGGCAGAAAAUGAUGGCAGUGGAUUUUUUGAUUGUAAUAUAUGCUUGGACAUUCCAAAAGAUCCUAUACUGACAUGUUGUGGGCAUUUGUUUUGUUGGCCGUGCUUCUAUCAGUUGUCAUAUGCUUACUCAAAUGUGAAGGAAUGCCCUGCAUGUAAUGGAGAGGUGACAGACACUGGCGUUACUCCUAUUUAUGGAAAUGGGAAUGGUGAUGAUACCUCCAGUUCCAAGUUGGCGGAGUCAGGCUUCAUGGUCCCUCCUAGGCCUUGUGCCAACAGGGCUGAGGCUUUGAGGAAGCAACUUAUCAGUCGGGGCACAUUUUCUGCUCAAGUGGAGCUAACGGUCCAGGAAGAAAAUAUUGUUGAUGCAGUGCAGGAACGAAUUCAUCAACAAGAGGAUCUUAUUGGCGAACAUGUCCCUGGUGAAAGAACUCGUGAAACAGCUGAUGAAAUUGGCUCUACAGUUCCCCCUUCUGCUUCGUAUACGUCAAGCCCAGUGGCUGCUGCUACUGCUGCACACAUUGUUGUGGACAACCAUGCAACAAACACCGUAGAAAUCAAUGGAAGUGCUGCAAUGUCUUCAUCUUCCAGGAUACAAACUCAUAUUCUGGCAACCUCAGGUCUAAAGAAUGCAAUAAGAGUCCAUUCAAAUUUCCCAUCUUCUUCACCUUCCAUUAUACAAACUGAUUUACUGACAGUUUCAGAUAUGGAAAACGCAAUGAGAAUUAGUUCCAAUUUUGCACCUUCAUCUUCAAGGAGAAGAACUGAAGCAGGACUUUCAGAUAUGGAUGGUGGAGUUUCCCAUGAACCUAGAAGGAGAAGGACUGAAUAAAUGUAGCUCCAGAAGCAAAGAUUAAUUGAUACAGACGUUUCAAUCUAAUGUGGGAAUCCAGUGUCCAACGUUGAAGCACAUGUUGUCAAUCCAUGUGAUGGGUGCCAACAUUGGGAGCAACCAUCAUCUCACCCUACAAAUCACCACACUAAUCCGUGACAGAUGUAGAGAUUGUUGACUCUGUCACUGCACAUUGGAGCUUUCUUUUCUUCAAGAAUUGUGGAUGUUUUUCUUCUUUUAUGGAGCAUACUUACACCUUCCGGGAAAGCGUUCCCAUAACACCAAGAUUGGGCCAUAUAACUGGUAAGUGAAUGAACUGCUUUUUUCAGUGAUAUAACAGAAUGAUGGCUGGAAGGAGACUUUUUUCUUUUUCUGCUGGUUAUAUUGUAUUAUUGUUCAUGUAUACAUUACUUGCUAACUGCAUGAUAGGCCACAAUCUACAAAACAAUUCUUUUCUUUGAAUGUGGGAUUCAAUUCCUCCUGGGUGUCAAUUUAUAUAUGGGUGUAAUUUAAUGGCAAUGUUUCUGUUACAACA